UCUUGAGAACAUGGAGUGAUAGACCACUAAAUCACCGCGCGCGAGCAAACAAUGGCUGAGGAGCAAGAUAUUUGGCUCAGUCAGAGUGAGGAAGAUGUGGAGCUAGAAUCAGAUCAAGGCCUGGAGGACUCUGUGAAUCCUGAAGCCUUCACUUUACCCUUAGUCAGUCAGCAUGGGCAAGACGGAGGAUAUCAUGUGCAUAACAAAGAGGGCAUGCUUCAGAGGAGGACUGUGUCCGCUUUACACGGUGGUCUUCGUAAAAGAAAGCCCGCAUUCAACUGUGGGUUGCGAAGCCAGGGCUAUAAUCCACGGACACGUGGGCGCACAAUCUGACAAGCGAGCCACACUUCUCGUCUACGACCUUACGUUCUUCUCACGACGUGGAACACGGAUCAAGGACGCCGACGUCCUUUUUGAGUUCCGGUCAAGGUCAAGACAUCCCGGCGCGGUGGGCCCAACUGUCGCUGAGGUGCGGCCAAAGGGCCAAAGCAGGAUGGGAGAGACCAUUCAGAACCAGGCCUCCAAAUUCAACGUAUCGUUCAACAUCAACCCACCCGUCGUCGCUGGCAGUUCCGGCCUCACCGCAUCAGGUGAACACAAUAUAUCCAAGGACGUCAAGUUCCAUACCAUUGUGACGGGCGACAAUCCUGCGGACCUGGAGUGGGGAGAUCAUUAUCAGGCAAGGUUCACACUUGCUGAGAACGAGUCGCAGAGGUCUGGGAUCCCGACACAGCUCACCAUCGUCAUGCUACUCGAGCGUGACAACGAUGAUGAUUUCGAGAUGAUUCCUCAGAUCGAAGUGACGCCGAAUCUUGCCUCCGGCAUAACGUCUCUUGGCUCAACUCGAUCUUCGGACGAUCCCGUCCAUUUCAGUGUGCAGGAGCCCCCCUUGAAUUGUCUGAAUGGCAACAAAGUGAUUGAUUCAGACAACUUGGGAGCAACGGAUCUGGACAGCCUCUGGAUUUGCACCAUGUAUAGUUUGUAUGUCGACGGGGUCAAGCAAUCUGCGCCUCAUUGAUACACGGAACAGUUUCAAGGGAUGGGCAAAAGCCCUGACAGGCUCAUCUGGAUAGCAAAACGGACAUUAAUCAGACGACUUCUACCAU